AUGGCAUCCAGCAACUUAGCGGCAGGUCAACAUGAUAAUCCCAUUAAAAUUGAAGAUGAGGAGAAGAGCCUAUCUCAUAUCGAUAAUGAGGAUGAAGAUGUGAACCUCUUGCAAGUUGAAGAUUCGUCUGUAUCUUCUUCUUCUGAGAGCUACUCGACAGCAACAGACAGCCUUCAGAAUUAUCAUCAUGUUAUUAAAGGCUGCAAUUCUGUUGACACGCCUGCUGAUACGCCUGUCAAUGAAGCUCCAACCAUGGCUGAGGGUCGUUCCACGACCCCCGUCCCUCGCUCAGUUACUGCUAACUUUGACAGUAAUCCUGCUCAUAUUGUUGAGGGCUCGAUGAUUGAUAUUUCCGAGCCGCAGUCCUCUAGUCCGCUGGGAUCCGAGGCCACUACCAUUCCCGAGGCCGAAAUCAUGGACAUCAGCUCUCGUCAAAUGGCGCAUGAGAACACCACCAAAAGACCGUUGGAAAAUACGGACUCGGAGCAGCAGGACAAGAAGCGAAAGCCAGAUGAGUCGUUUGACCCAGAAAGAUCCGAAGAAAUAAUCCAACAGCGACUUUUUGAAGAUCUCAAAGUUCAACAACACUAUCGGGUGAAGGCGGAGUCCAGGGUCCAAACUCUGAAGGAAGAGCUGGAAAAGAGACAGGAGGCGCUGGAAACUGCCCAAGCAAAAUCGGGGACCUGGCACGACAAGGCGGACGAGUUAGAGGAGCAACUACAGGAUGCAAUACAGGAACAGCGAAAAACAAAGAAGGAAUGGAUUUCGGCAAAGCAGCAGAGGACUAGAGCAGAAAACAAGCUAGCACUGCUUGAAAAACAAUUCAAGAGGCUUCAGGACCGGCUGGCAGAAUCCGAGAAGGAAAUUUCCGCUGCACGCGCUGACCUUGCGAAGCAGAGAGACGUUCUGAUUUUGAAGGAUAAAAAGAUGCAAGAACUCAUCAGAGAAUCGUAUAAUGAAAAACAACAGCGAGAAGCAGCUGAGCAAAAGGCCGGCGAGUUCAAAAAACGUUGGAAGCAAACAGCCCUCAAGUUGGACCGCAAUACCAGGAUCAAACCGCUGCCUCAUCAAGUCAGCGACCAGGACCUGGUCGGCGAGGUGGAAAAGCUGAGAUACAAGAUCGCCAACUUUGCAGCGACGCACUUUGACGGGAAGCCUCUACGCCAUCACGAGCCUGAUCAGGACUUCUCGGAGAUACUGAACAACCUAACCCCGGCCGAUGUUGGAGCAGUUGGAUAUCUUCAUUCGACGACUCGCUGUCCCAGCAUUGUCCAGGCUUUUAUAUGGACCGAACUCCGUCAGGCCGUGUUUGGCUGCUUUCUUUGGGCCGAAAGGUGUAGCGAGCCGCUCUCUGAUCUGGUUGAGGGAAUGAGUAAUUACGGCUCGAACUACCUCAAGUCACCGGGUACAAGCUUCGUCUUUCACGAAUGGCGCGUCAAGACUGCAAACCUGAUGGCCGACAUGAAAUCUGGCUUUCCCGAGCUUCAUCAAAAUAGGGGAAAAGAAAAGAGCCGCAUCGCGAGCAAAAUAAAGGAGAAGCUUGUACCCUUCCGCAGGACUCAGAUGCCAGGAGUUUUUGCCCAGGAACUGCAGGCCAUCGUUGACCAAGCUGCAGCACUCGAUAUGGAGAUGGCCAGGCAGCUAGCACAUCUGAAGUGGCUGUCCCCAGAUUGUCGUGGACACUGCUCGUUCGACGAGGAGACCAUGGCACUAGACAAAGGCGAAGAUCGGUCCACUCGCCCCGGAAGGGUGCUACUAGUGGUGGCGCCGGGCCUGACGAAGUGCGGCAAAUCGACGGGCGAGGACUUUGACCGCGAGAGCGUGCUGCUCAAGGCGGAGGUGACUUGUGAUCUUGCCCCGUUGGUGCGCGGGAUUCAGCAUCAGUGA